UUGUGUUUGUUGUCGGAGAACUCGCUGUCCAAAAGCCAUUUGAAAUAGUUUUGACUUUGUUUGCUUUUGAACACACAUCUGAUCACGACCACAUCUACUUCAGCUUAUGAUCCUGUCCUCUCCGUGUGUGUGUGUGUGUGUGUGUGUGUGUGUGUGUGUGUGUGUGUGUGUGUGUGUGUGUGUGUGUCUGUGGGUGUGUAUGAGUGAGCAGACCCCUGGACUGCACCGGGUUUGUCCACGAUGGUGAAAGUGUUUGUGGGUAACGUGAGCACCUCCACUACGGAGGAGGAGUUGCGAGAGCUCUUUGAGAAGUACGGCGCCGUGAUCGACUGCGACAUCAUCUCCAACUACGGCUUCGUGCACAUGAGCGAGGAGGAGGACGCCAAGAAGGCCGUGGCUGCGCUCAACAAGCACAAGCUGCAUGGCUUCAGCAUGACUGUGCAGUUCGCCACCACCAGGGUGCGCAACGCCACCAAGAUCCACGUGGGCAACCUGCCCGAGGGAGUCACGGCACUGAAGAUCCGCGAGCUCUUCCAGGAGUUCGGCAAGGUUCUGGAGUGCGACGUGCUGAAGAAGUACGCGUUCGUGCACAUGCAGCGGCACAAGGAGGCCGCAGAGGCCAUCGAGAAGCUCAACCACUCGCGCCUGGAGGGGCAGACCAUCUUCGUGUCGCUGUCCCACACCAACCCGGGCAAGAGGGCGCCUGACCAGUUCCCAGAGCACCACUACCCGCCCGGCCCCCCUCGGCCGUACCCGCCGCCCGGCGACCCGAUGCGGCCCUACCCGCCUCUGCGUAAUCGGCCCCUAAACCACCCCUGCCCCAGCCUGGCUUUGCGCCUCCCCCUGCCCCCGCCGCACCCCAUGCGCAUGCGCCGCUCCGCCUACGGGCCCCCGCCGAGCAGCCAUGAGCCCGUGACGAAGUCCCUCGAAGGCCGCCUGCUGCCCCUCCCCGCCUCAGACCUGUACCGGGACCGCAGCCCCCUCCGGCCCAUGCCCGGCCCACCCAUGCUGUCCGCACGCCACCCGCUCGCCCGCGGCCGCCCUGUGCCACCGCCGCCUCCGCCUUCUAGCCAGGUCAUGCGUAGUACAGUGUCACGUAAGACCACGCCAUGCCAGACCACGCCAGUACACUGCCUGCCCGCCCUGUACACUCCUGUACCAAAGUAUUGGCUUCAAUCCACCUGUUACACCAGAUAG